AUUGAAAGUGGAGACAUGUCGGGACAUGUACAGGACGCUAUAGAGAGAAACGGGCGCUGUGCGGAUCUCACUACAGCGCGUCUUCAGUAAACAGGAAAGUGUGAUUUAGCAAUUUACCAACAUUUUAUGGACAAAGGCAUUUUUUACUGCCAUGGAUUGCUUAGAAAACCAGUAUUUCUACAACGGUGAAUGCCGCACGUGCCAUCAAUGUGGACCGGGGCUGGAGUUGUCUGAAGAGUGUGGUUAUGGGAGUGGAGGAAAUGCCCACUGCAUCCACUGCGGUGUCAGGUCUUACAAAGCGGACUGGGGUCAUCACAACUGCAAAAUCUGUUUGUCAUGCAAGCAACUCAACAGACAGCAGAUUCUCCUUUGCACUGCCAGAAGAAACACAGUUUGUGGAAACUGUUUACCAGGAUUUUACAGUAAGACACGAAUAGAUGGACUGCAGGACUUGGAAUGCAUGCCCUGUGGUACCACAUCUGGUACUGAAAGUCAAUGUACUCGAGACAAACUAAUCGGUACGGGCAUGAAUGGCAAUGCAGAGAGCUCACCUGAGCAUGAUGUGGCUGCCAGGGCCAUGUGUGGGGCGGUAGUUACCAUGGCGAUCGUUUUAUCAUUACUUUUGUUGGUAUGCUUCUGGCAUGCCUUCCUUAAGAAGAUGUUUAAAGUAUGCCGAGAACCACAACACCACAGUAAGGAUUCAGCAGUUAUCAGCAAUGGGGAAGCUUUGGUCUUGGACGUGGAGAAAGAUGUGCAGUUAUCAGGCUGCCUACCAGUUUCGGAAGAUUCUGCGACUGCGGAUAUUCCUGUUGCCCUGAAGUCCAUUCUGCAGACCAGAGGCGUUCUGGAAGUCACUGAAACCUCAAUCCAAAGCUGUUCCCUGGAUUUACAGCCUCUGAUGAGAAAUUCCACCUGCAGCCAGUGCUCAACACAGUCUGUCGGUCACAGGUCCUGUGACUCCUCUGACAGCAGAGACCGUUUUACAGAAGAGUGUCCCUCACUGUUCAAGACAGAUAACCAGUACUGUGCAUCUGAUCAGCAGGGGAGGCACUGGCAUGCCCCAAUAGAAUGCACAGAAUUGGAUUUCCGGAGCGACAUUGUCCCCGAUAGGAGUCCCACACACGCGGUGAUUAGCACGCCGACAGGAUUCGCAGAGGCUGACUCUGAAGGUGUCUCCGAGGUGCGGCUGAAGAGUGGCCUGAACACCAAUCAGCAAGUCGGCAGCGGCAGUUUCAGACGUGGUAUCUGACGUACUGACCCUAACUCUGAAGACAUGUGCAAAAAUGCAAGUUAUCAACCUGGGCAGCAAAACAGAGUCUUUGGCCUUGUGGAAGACCUUUAACUGCCUAGAGAGAAGAAUUACCAGCCUGUGACUUUGGAUUUGGCCUUUUCUCCUGGAAGUACUGCAUCAUUUGAGGGGGUUUCUGUCAUGUGUUUUAAUAUUUCUGCUCCUUUGCCCUGCAUAUGGUGCCUGACCUCAUCAACACCUACUACAACCUACAAAGGUUUGACACACCCCUUAUACUCUGUGAAUCUGCAAGCAGAGCCAGCUCACGUACGAUGCGCCAACACUGUGAAAACCAACACUGCCUAGAGGGUUGUGGUGGGAUAUGAAGGUCAUUAUUAUGUAUGAAUUAAAGAAGCAGAUGUAGCAUCGAGUCACCUGAUUUGAAAUGUUUACCUUUUUAUAUAAACUAAAUUUCUAGAAAAUAGUGGAGCAAACCUACAAUGGACCAGCUCGUGAUGAUAGAGUACAAUGUCCUGGUCUAUUUUGUUGGAUGCUAACGGAAUUGAGGCAGAAAUUAUAUUGUGCGAAUUGCUGCAGUGACAAUGCUUAAUGCAUUUUUAUGUGUUUUAUGCAAUACCCUGACAAAUCCAUAUGUUCAAUUGAUCAUGUUGAUCAUGUUCUGAGACAUCUUUAGUGUACACUGCCUGUGUGCUGUACACUACUUGUACUGAAAGUAAUUUGAAAAUCACUUUUUCUCUAUUCAUUUUUCAGUUUGUCUUUGCAGAAAACUGGCUUAUGAUAAUAGUCUAAAAUCCUUUGGUCAGUAAAUUGUCUUCAAAACAAUUGCCAAUAAUGGUUACUAUUUUUAAUGCUUUUUAUCACUUAGUCAGCUAUUACGGUAGUUGUUUCUUUUUCCAUGCAGCUUAGUGAUUAUAAUAUAGGACAGUAAUGCAGGAAGGAGGCUGCAUAUGCAGUUCUUACAUCUACCGUGUGUCAUUUGUCUGAAGGGAAUGACCAUAUCCAAAAACAAACAGGCAGAAAAGUAGGUUUAAAACAAAAAAAAAAGUAUUCAUGAAAAAUCUUCUGCUUCUCAGUUUUAUUUACCUCAGCAUCACCGGAUUCAUUUGUUUAUUCUAACUCAUCAGUAGGUGCAUUUUCAGGGGUUAUCAAUCAUUACUGCCAUACAGUAGAUCCUAUUCCCCCAUUGUGAUGACACUACUAUCAUGUUUAUAUUUGUAUUUUUGAAACAUUUGUAUGCCUUCUUGUUGUAUUUGUUGUUUGUUGUAUGAAUUCAUUAUAUUUUCAUACAGGU